GGUUGUGUGUAAUCAUCAUCCAUCAAGUAACAGCAGUUAGUGGUAGUGUCUGUGUGUGUAACUACGUCAGUGAAUGGUCGACAAUUUUCUCCUUUACUUGUUUAUUUGUAAUCAAAGUGGCAGAAGCUCCUAGAAAAAUGACUAUGGGAGAAGAAAGUAUAUUGUCUUCCCUAGUGAUGCCCAUUCUGGUUGGUCCGUCACUGGUGAACCUGGAAAAACAAGAUCCAGGUGCUGCUCAGCUGCUGAAAACUGCCUUUAGCAAUGCAGAAGCUGCCCACCCAAGCCUCUGCCACAGUUUUAUCUUGGGACUCAUGAAGAAGGCAGAAUUGAAAGUCAACAUGAAUGAAAGUCUUCUGAGAGUUCAGGGUGCCUCCCUGGAUCAAGAAUCACCUGAUUACAGAAUUAACCGCUCUGAAGAUGCCUUUCAGGAACUAUGUAGAAAGUCUGUUGGUUUGAAAAAGAUCCUAAGUAGGAUACCUGAUGAAAUUGGAGACCGUAAAGCCUUUCUGGAAACUAUUAAAGAGAUAGCCAGUGCCAUAAAGAAACUGCUAGAUGCAGUUAAUGAAGUGGCUGGCUAUAUUACAUUCGGUUCUGGUAAACAGCGGCUAGAACAACGUAAACGAGAAUUCGUCAAGUAUUCCAAGCGGUUUAGCACGACGCUGAAAGAAUAUUUCCGCGACGGGCAAGCCAAUGCUGUCUUCCUGAGUGCCCUCUGCUUGAUACAGCAAUCCAAUUUGAUUAUUACGACUGUUAAAGAUUGUUGUGAAUAAGUUUUUGUUAAAAUCUUCAAGCUGCGGUGAAGGUCGAUGCCCGGAGACAUCGCAUUUGGAGGCGGUUUAGCGGUGCUUCACAUAGUCGUGAAUAUUUAUAAAACCACCUUAAUCCGUUCUUUCAUCGUGUUACACCGUCCAUUUUCAGAUCAGGUGUAGUCUCUUUUCCUUCUUUACUUGGAGGGAUUUAUUAUUUUUAAAAAAUAGUUUUUGAACUUCUAUCCCCCUUUUUGUUAUCUUAUCCAUUCGUCAGCUCCUCGUUGCUGGCCGCCUCGUAGACCGCUCCCACAUGGUGAAUGCCGUUGCAUGUUUUCCUAGCCCCGACCUAACAUUCCAGAGAAUAAACAUUGUUGAACUUUCUACAAGCAGUAAUUUUAUGCCUGUUUAUAUGCGGUGGUUUCGUGUUACAUAUAUGGUUUAAAAGUAUAGAAAUACACAAUUUAUCUUCGCAGUCUGAACAA